CUUUAUUUACGAUAGCCAUUAAGUUGUCAUAAACUAAAUCAUAUUAUAAUCUAAUCUGAAAUUACAAAAAACUAGGUUUCACUCUUCAAAAUCAACUAAAGGCAAUGCCCUUUGGUCCAGUCUUGGCUUUGACUAGAUACCAAACCAUCUAGUAAUCGCGGCAGGCUUCAAUCGUGAACUCUAACCCAGCGCACCCAUCGGUAUCAAACAUGAUAGGCAACAUUGCAUUUAUAAUAUUCGGGCUGUCCGUUUGCAUCGAUGGAAAAAUAGUGGAUACAGAAGCGGGAAGAGUGGACGGGGACACACUAGAUAUCCACACGGGACAUAGAAUUAAUACUUGGUUUGGCAUUCCAUUUGCGAAAGCACCAAAAGGAGAUUUAAGAUGGCGGCCGCCACAGAAGCCAGAUCCGUGGCAAGGCACGAGACCAGCCAAAGAGUUCGGCAGCGCAUGUCCACAAUUAAGCCUACUCAUUACGGCAACCAAUCUACUCUUUGACAACUUUGAUGAGGAUUGUCUCAACCUAAAUGUGCAUUCUCCCGAGCCCAAUCAUGUCAAUUCUCCCCCCAAACCUGCAAAUGGCUACCCAGUGAUGAUAUGGAUACACGGGGGAGGGUAUUCUAGUUCCGCCAAUGUCCAGUAUCCAGGUCAUUUCAUGGCAUCUAAAGGAGUGGUAGUGGUCACAAUCAACUACAGGCUGGGAUUCAUGGGUUUCUUGACGACCGAAGAUGAACAUGCUCCAGGAAAUUAUGGGAUGUUGGAUCAGGUGAUGGCUAUGCAAUGGGUACAAGACAACAUUGCAAGGUUUGAUGGAGAUCCUAACAUGGUUACACUUUACGGGCAGAGUGCAGGCGCUAGCAGUGCCGCCUUACACGUCCUUUCGAAACGAUCAAAAGGAUUAUUCCAUCAGAUAAUCUGCCAAAGUGGUUCAGAUUUGACUGAAUGGGCAAUCAGUCCCCCCGACCUCAUUCCCAAAUGGUACACUCAACAACUUGUAGAGGACUUCAACGAGGAGUAUCCUGAUUGGAAUAUUCCGACUAAUGAUUCAAAGGCAAUGCUCGAUUCCCUCCGAACAAAAGACAUUUGGGAGAUGCUAGAGGCUGACAAUGUAACGAGGAAGCCUGGUUGGAUCAGUCUGGGUUUUGUGCCUGUCGUGGAUCAUCCCCACAGACCCCGGGAUCAAGCCUUCCUUGAAGACACGCCGUUUAACCUGAGGGAUCGAGAGGAUUUCGAUAAAGACAUUAACAUCAUCAGUGGACUCACUUCAGAGGACGGCUCCCUAUAUGUAAUUGCAGUGCUCCCUGACUCUCUUGAUCGUGGAUAUAACAGAACCGAGUUCCUUGAGCGACUCACUAUACUUGCCUAUGACCUCAGCUACAACGAUAUCUAUGAGGAUGUUACUCAAGCUGUUGCCUUUGAAUUCUCUCCUUGGCCACACAUCAAUGAUUUGGAUGCUAAUAGACAAAAGUUUAAUGAGAUGUUCACUGAUGCUGGCUUUGCUAUUGGAAUGGAUUUACAGUUGAAGAGCCACCUCAAGCACAAUCCUAACAUGUACCAAUACUGCCUUGGUUUCCGUAGCACCAAUGCAUCUGGAGUUGUUCCCGAGUGGAUGGGCGUUCCUCACAACGGAGAGUUACCUUACGUGUGGGGCUGGUCCUGGUUACAGUUCAACGAGAACGUUCGAAACCAGACGGGUAUGAUAUUGGACCCCAUUGAAUGGAACCAAGAGGAUGCCGAAUAUGCAGAUUAUGUGAUGACCAUGUGGUCCAACUUUGCAAAGUUUGGGAACCCUACACCAGAGCCAGUGUGGAACACAACUUGGAAUAAAUGGGAACUUGAAGACAGAAAAUACCUAUGGAUAGAUCGAGAUUACCAAGAGAAGCAACAUUACAGAGUCCACGAGCUGGCGUUCUGGCAGGAGUAUAUGCCGACUUUUAUCAAUAAGUCGAAUGGAGAUAUGGGAGAAUGGGGUCCACCAACCAAGUUUCCUCCAAGCACAACGACGCCUGCCCCUACAUCUACAAUAGUGCCAGCAGUUACUGCACGUCAGGUAACUGAUGAAAAAGAACGUUUAAGGAACGCUACAAUUGCCCUUGGGGUCCUUUCGGGUACAUUCCUGGUAAUCCUAUUAAUUCUAGCGGGAUGUCUGGUAAUUGCAAGACGGAACAAGGGAGAGUUUGCUUAAGACUAUCAGGGAUUUGUACUGCAAGAGGCCAUAUGUCUACAUACAGAAUGUAGCAAACACUCUAGUACAUAUGCUUAAGAAAUGCUACAUCUAGUAACCAAUUACAUGGUAAAUCCCCAUUUUUCAUAGGCGAUAAAACAUGUUUGCAAGUGCAACUUACAGAGUCAAACGAUAUAUUUUAUGAAUAUAGAGAGUUUAGGAUAUUUAGAAAAUAUGAAUGUAGAAUAAGAUUUGGAUUAAAAAAUAAAAGGCCAAUAUUUUUAUUCGAAAAGUCAACCUUUAAAGAAAUUUCUAUAACAACUUUUCAUGGGGCUAUUAAGAAUUUUAAUCACAAUCGCUGCAUUCUGAGUCACAAACUUUUGCGACUCACACAAAUAAAAUUGGCCUUCUGGUAUUUGAGUUAUUGCAGGAAAACUUGAGACAUCACAGAAUUCCAAAGUGUCAAAAAGAUCAGUACAUAUGAAAUGGACUGUGUUCCUCCAUUCAAACUCAAUUUGUUGGGAUACAAGUACAUUCACUGUUGAGGAAAAGAAAUAUCACCAAAAGAAUAACCAAUAGAACAACAUUUUAAGGAAUAUUUAUACAAUGAUGAAAAACAAUGUAUUUCCCAUCCAUCUUCAGGAGGGGGUAACAUGACCUCCACACAUUGUAAUGCGGCACCAAUAUUGAAGAACCAUAGAUUGUGUACAUAUCUGUAAAAUGGGGGAUCAUCUCAAGUGUUUCACAUUAAAUUCGACAUAUAAUCAAUUUCACCAGUCACCACUAGGCACCAACCCAACCUUGUUAGCAAAACAUUACACAGCAGCACUUCUAACGACGAAAUGAAAGUGAUUAUGUAUUAUGGAUUUAGAUUGACACAUAUGAGAUGAUCCCUUAUGUUUGUAUCUUUUCUACAAUAUAAUUUAACGUUUUUACAUACUACUACAGGCAUGAGUUGUUGCAUGUUAUGGUAGUAUUUACAUAUGUAACCAUGGAUACGCUAUGAAAGCCUAGUAAUGUAAACAUGCAAAUGAUUUAUAGCUUUGUACCACUUCAGUAGUUGCAAAUAAGAACAUUUUUAAAGCUAAAUAAA